UCUCUCAGUUCACUUUUUUAUGAACUACACAGGAAACACCUUGCUUCAAUUUGAGAAUAAGAAGAUUCUUACAUACAGAAUAAACAACUCAUGGCAGGGGAAAAUUGCCUGCCCUGCAAAAAGAAAGCAAUUUUGACCCAGAAUCAAAGGCUGAAGCCCAGGAGCCACAGAUUCUGACACAGCCAGGCCUGCCACUCCGGCAUGGGAGGACCCCGGCCAUGCAGAGAGCAGUUGAAACCUCCUAGCCUGCAGCCUCCUCGCCCUGGUCUGCUGCUUUGAAUGCUCCAGGGAGCCCACUGAUAUGCUGCCUCUCCUGCCAGCUUCCUGGAGCCAUGCUGGAGGUAGAGUGGAGUAAGCUCUAAAGGAGGUGACAAGGAAAAGAGCUCCCUGUGGAUGCACCACAUUUGGAGAGAGCUGAGGCCAGAACCGCCUCCUCUAGGAAGAGGAAUCGUCCAAGAACCUGAUAACGGGAGCAGUUCCAAGAAGGCUUAAGGCAGACUAAUACCUCGUGGGAACAAAAGAGUGAGAGAAACGGAAAGAGCAACUACAACUCUUUGGAAAUACCCCGGAGCUGGCAGAUGAUGGACAGCCUGAAACAAACCACUGAGACCCUGCUGUGUCUGUCACCUGUUGAAGUGGCCAAUCUCAAAGAGGGGAUCAAUUUUUUUCGAAAUAAGAGCACUGGCAAAGACUACAUCUUGUACAAGAGUAAGGGCCACCUGAAGGCAUGCAAGAAUUUGUGCAAGCACCAAGGAGGCCUGUUCAUAAAAGACAUCGAGGACUUAGAUGGAAGGUCUGUUAAAUGUACAAAACACAACUGGAAGUUAGACGUGAGCACUAUGAAGUAUAUCAAUCCUCCGGGAAGCUUCUGUCAAGACGAGCUGGUUGUUGAAAUGGAUGAAAACAAUGGACUUUUACUUCUAGAAUUGAAUCCCCCAAAUCCCUGGGAUUCAGAUCCCAGGUCUCCUGAAGAUUUGGCUUUUGGGGAAGUACAGGUAACAUACCUCACUCAUGCCUGCAUGGACCUCAAAUUGGGAGACAAGAGAAUGGUGUUUGAUCCUUGGUUGAUAGGUCCCGCAUUUGCUCGAGGAUGGUGGCUGCUCCACGAGCCUCCAUCUGAUUGGCUGGAGAGGCUGUGCAAAGCAGACCUAAUUUACAUCAGCCACAUGCAUUCAGACCACCUAAGCUAUCCUACACUAAAGAAGCUUUCAGAGCGAAGACAAGAUAUUCCUAUUUAUGUUGGUGACACAGAAAGACCUGUGUUUUGGAAUUUGAAUCAGAGUGGUGUCCCGCUAACUAACAUCAACGUAGUUCCAUUUGGAAUUUGGCAGCAGGUAGACAAAAAUCUUCGUUUCAUGAUCUUGAUGGAUGGCGUUCAUCCUGAGAUGGACACGUGCAUUAUUGUGGAGUAUAAAGGUCAUAAAAUACUCAAUACAGUGGACUGCACCAGGCCCAAUGGGGGCAGGCUGCCUGCAAAAGUUGCUCUCAUGAUGAGUGAUUUUGCCGGGGGAGCAUCUGGUUUUCCAAUGACUUUCAGCGGUGGAAAAUUCACUGAGGAAUGGAAAGCUCAAUUCAUUAAAACAGAAAGAAAGAAGCUCCUGAAUUACAAGGCUCAGCUGGUGAAGGAUCUGCAACCCCGAAUUUAUUGUCCUUUUGCUGGGUAUUUUGUGGAGUCCCACCCAUCAGACAAGUAUAUUAAGGAAACAAAUACCAAAAAUGAUCCAAACCAGCUCAACAAUCUUAUCAAGAAGAACUCAGAUAUUAUCACAUGGACUCCUCGACCUGGAGCCACCCUUGACCUAGGCAGGCUGCUGAAGGACCCAACGGACAGCAAGGGCAUCCUAGAGCCUCCUGAAGGGACUAAGAUUUACAAGGACUCCUGGGAUUUUGAGCCAUAUUUGAACACAUUGAAUGCUGCUGUAGAAGAUGAAAUCUUCCUUCACUCAUCCUGGAUAAAAGAAUAUUUCACUUGGGCUGGAUUCAAGAAUUAUAAUCUGGUGGUCAGGAUGAUUGAGACAGAUGAGGACUUCAACCCUUUUCCUGGAGGCUAUGACUACUUGGUUGACUUUCUAGAUUUGUCCUUUCCAAAAGAAAGACCCAGCCGAGAGCAUCCCUAUGAAGAGAUUCGUAGCCGGGUUGACGUAAUCAGGUAUGUGGUGAAGAACGGUCUGCUCUGGGACGACUUGUACAUUGGAUUCCAGACGCGCCUCCAGCGAGAUCCUGACAUAUACCAUCACCUGUUUUGGAAUCAUUUUCAAAUAAAACUCCCCUUAACACCCCCGAACUGGAGGUCAUUCUUGGUGCACUGUGGCUAGAGCAGCGCUGGGACUCCCAGGGAUACAGACAACAUGGAACAUUCAAGAAUUUACUGGUGCUUCAUUCCAAUACAAGAACUUUAUACCAAAGACACUGCUUUAUGACAUCACGGGGGGGGACACAACAUGGUGCCUAAGUGAGAUGUUCACACAUCUCAAGUCAUGGGUAAUGACAUAUCACAUUGCAAGGCAUUUUACUAGGGCUGGGCAGGUAGCUUAGGGGUAGAGCAUGUGCUUAGCAUAUGCACAGCCCUGGGUUCCAGCCCCAGGACACACAUACACACACACACACAAAUACAAAAACUAUUCAACACAAAGUUCUCUGCAAAAAGAAUUAAUGAAACCAAUAAGAACAAGCUCAUUAUGGAAAUUGCAGCAUAACAAAAGGAGAAAAAACCAGGAAAGAAAAAGCUUCCACGACUAGGAUGAAAAUAAAAGCAAAGAGGAAAGGGAACAGAUGAUGGGUUAGAAGGGAAACGGAGGAGAGCAGUGGGGCAAUGGGAAACAGAAGGAUGAAACAGGAAGAAGGGAAAAUCAGGAGGAAGGCAAAAACAGAUCUUUGGUUCUACCUAAUGAAUUCAUUCCACACAUAGGGUUCGUGAAAAUAAGUAAGAAAGGUUCCUGGACUGUUUCCAGCUUUUCAGAAAGCUUUGCUGAAAUCAUGUUUAUCAAAAUGAGGCUGCAGAGGCUGCUCUGAGGCCACAUUUUACCAGGCCUGAAAGGCUUUUGACUCAGUUAUAAAACUUGUCAUUCAACACAGCUUAUUCAUUAUAAUAGGUAGCUCUUUGGUUAAUAAAAGAUGUGAACACUAAUUAAUUAAAUGGGUUUUACAGAUUAUGCAACCAAUAGAAAAUUAAAGAUCUGUAUCUUGAAAAAAAGGGAAACCCCUUUUCUGAAAUCUUAGGGGAAAAAAACCCAUUAUUUCAAUGGUUGAAGUAGGCAACUAAUUUGCCUCCUUUUUCUCUGUAGUUUAUGAUGCUCAUAUGAUAUUCAUAUUCAUAUAAGACAUACAAUUUCAUUCUUAAGAAAACAUGAUUGUCAACUAGGUUUCUGAUUUCCAUGUAAGUGUUCUAAAUACACUACUGAUUAGCACUUACCGUGUCUGUUUUCUGAUUAUACAACCUACCUCUUUAAUUCUGAAGAUAUAAGAAUCUGCUGGUACAAUCUGUCCUGUUAAAUCUCUAGUGUCAUACUGGGUCAUUGAAAAGCUGAUUGUCUUCUCAUUAACAUCAAUACCAAUAACAUUUGAUUACCUGGCUUACCUCAUGCAUUAGGCAAAUAAAAAUUCUUGUAAUGGAAGAAUUAUAUUUUAUGAUUUAUACUAUACUGUAAGUUAUUCAAUUUCAAGAAUGUGAAGUAUUAUCAAUAGAGCAUAUUUUCAAAUGUAUAUGAUCUGUGAAUAAAAGAUUAUUUUAAAA